UAGUUAAUUCUGAGAUCUCGUAUGGAGUAGAAGUGUUUUUUGUGUCUCGCCGCCUCUCUGCCUCUUCUGUUGGCCCAUUCGUCUUUUGCUGUAUGUGUUUGUUUGUGUCUAAAAGCCCCCAAUUGAGUGAGUAGAAAAAAAAGCAGAAAGACAACACGACGAAGAAUAAAAGGAGAAUUAUAUCAAGUAAGAAAACAAAUGUUUGAAUGAUGAUCAUCAUUUGCUGCUGUUCUGUUGGAAUUUGUUUUUCGCCUUUCUCAAAAUAAAGUUCGUUUGGCGUUCGGGUGCCUUCCGUAGAUAGUCUGUCUGUAUGUAUGUAUGAGCAUGUGUGCUGUGUUUGUAAUAAACAGUUGCAGAGCUUUAUUGACAGCAGCAGAAUAUUUCCCACUAACAUUAUUAGCGGCAACAAGACGACCGCAGCAAUAACAACAAUACACUCAAGUUUUCCGCAAAUACAAUAGCGUCGCCCUAUAGUGUAAAAAAAUCGUAUCCAAACGAAUCUUGAAUCUCUUGUGCUGAAUGUGUGAGGAUGGAUGGCUUCGUUUUAAGAUCUUUCUGUUGUUCUUCUAUUUAAUAAGUGUCUGUCGUGGAUUAACGAGGCAAAUGUUGAUGACGAAGACAACAACAGUGACAAGGGUGAUGAAAUAGGUAAUGAUGAUGAUGAUGACGGUGAAGUGUAAUAAACAAACACCCAUGAGUAAAGAAAUAUAGUUUUAAUUCAGAAACAAAACGAAAAACGUGUUACAACAAAGCAGCAAGACAAUAAAAAAAGAAAACACGUGUGAUAAAGAACUUUGAGGAAGAGCUAUGAGUUGAAAUAGUGAAAUUUGAAAAAAAGAGAAAAUAAAAACUAAUUGGAAGUAGAAAGGCAAAGCAAACUACGAAAGAACAAACAAAUACAAACUCUGUGAUAAAGCAACAAGAAAUGCCGCCGAAAAAAGACCCAAACGCCCACAAUAACAACAACAACAGUAGCAGCACAACAACCACCACAAACGUCGUCGAGUCAUCAGUCAACUCCAACAACUCUGCCAGCAGUGCAGCCCCUAAUAGCAAUACUAACGCUAAUUCAGAUUCAGUUGCAUCGUCUAACAACAUUGUAUCUGCUACUACAAACAACAACGGCACCACUAUUGUAUCCGUAAUCAUGCCUGACGCCGGCCCCGAACAACGCACCAUUGCAUUUCAGUCGAAUGCAAAAUUAUGCCGUUUGGUACGAAAAUGUCCCUGGAUGUAUGAUCGCACACAUCAUAAUUAUGCCAAAAAACAUAUCUUGGAUAAAUCAUGGUGCAAGAUUGCACGAGAAUGCAAUGAUUCGGUUGCUUCCUGUAAGGAACGUUGGCGCAACAUACGUGCAGCGUUUGCCCGUUCCAUUAACAUCUAUAAAACGCACAGUGGCCCGAAUCGAGUGAAACCCUACUAUCUGCACAAGGAGCUGUCAUUCUUGGUGAAGCCCAUGAUGGAGGGACGUGAUAAGAACGAUGAUACACAUGAGGCCUCAGAAAUCAGUGCUAAAGAUGAGUACACCGAAGGUGAAGAAGAGGAAGAUGACGGUGAACAAGACGAAGAGGACGAUGAGCAACAGGCUAUGAUUGGUGACGACGACGAUGAUUUGCCCGAUGAUACUGCCGAUAUAAAGUCAGCGUUUGAAGCUUUGAAUCCCGACAUAAGCAUACAUCAUCACAAAAUGAUAAAGAAGAAUGGUAGCCAAAACAAUAGUCACGAUUACGAUGCAAUGAGUUCGAGUAUAUUUGAGCCCCAUACGGAAUUUUCCACGAGUGAUGUUGAGCAUGAUUUUCAUGACACUCGCUUUGAUGAUACCAUGUCGCAGACCACCGAUAUGGAUCGUCGAGCUUCGAAUAAUGCCCUGAAUGGCAUCGGCAACAAUAUUGUGGGCACAAAACGACCCAUGCAUUUGGAUACUGAGACCAUAGAUGCGAAACGGUUUAAGUUGAGUCAGAUUCCCGCUAAUGCUAGCGAGCCGGAUAUACGUUUCUUAGAGGCCCUAUUGCCGGACAUGGCCUUGAUGAAUACACGUCAGAAAAUAGUUUUCAAAAGAAAAAUCUAUCAAACCUUGGAGGAGGUUUUCGAGAACUCGAAUGAUUUUCCCAACCCGGAGCCCCAAACUCAUCAUCCGAACAAUCACAAUCAGCGCAUCUCUACACCAUUGGUACAUUCCAAUAGCAACAGCAGCAACAACCAUAGUCUAAAUAACACCACCACCACCACCACCAUGCCGGGCGGAGCCCAGGUGAAGCAGACGGUGCUGACGGUGAAUUCCUCAACAGCUCGUAAUUUGAUCAACAACAUUGCCAACUUGAAUGAGACGGAAUUGCAAAAAGUCAAUGGCUUCUUGCAGUCUACGUUGAGAGGUCUCAAUACCACCAGUGUCAGCAACAGCAGCGCCCUGGGCAAUAUAACUGCCAAUGCAACGCGCCUUACCAAUGGAGGAGCUACGGCAACUGUUAUACCUGUAAGUAGUGCAGCAGCCCGUUUGCUGCAGUCUACACCGAAAAUUACCAUAACCAAGGUGACAUGCCCACCGCCAGCUUCUUUGCGUAAUUUGGCCCUAAAUAAGCCACCUUCACCCAGUACCGGAACAGUUUCCACCACCAUACACCAUCCACCAGGACCGGUGAUUACUUCAAAUGUCCAUUCAACAACUUCCUCGACAAUGGGCAAUCAACAGACCACUACCAUGAAUAGUAACACCAGCAAUAGCGCCAUCGCUAACAGCAGCAGCAGCAACAACAACAACAACAACACAAGCAACAGUAAUAACACUUCACCAUGGAACCAACUGCUGCCCAUAGCCAUCAAGGAUGAAAUAGAAGAUGUGGACAUUGAUUGACCUAAACUGGAACAACAGGCCAUCAGCUUUGAGGGGAUAAAAUUUGGGCAAACGCUUCUGAAGAGAGUUGCAUGAUGAAGUAAGGAAGAAAGCUCGCUGAUUGGUCGACCGAUAUUGGAAGGAUUUUUCAUUAUAAGUUUUGUAUUUAAAAUUAAACUAUUUGUAGAUUGUUGGAAAUGUCCAUGUUAAUUAGUUACUUCAGAAGCAGGAAGUUAAAACCGUCGUUCCCUCAUUCAAAGGAAUACUUAAUUUUGUAUGCAAAAAUUCCCGCUCCAUGCACUAGUAAAUCCUGUAACUUUUUUAACUC